CUCGCCAUCGCUGUAAUUACAAUGUGCAUUUGUUUUUGUCCAUCAGAAUUGUCGGAUUUUACAGUUAGACUAUUUGUUCUAGUACAAUGCGAUCGCGGUGAUAUCGGCUUAUAAGGGUGUUGCGUCCAAUGUUAAUUUUUACCAGUGCGUUUCGUGUUCGUUUCGUAGUUAAGUGGCUUUUGUGCAUAAAAGACACCAGACAGCUGAUCACAGACUUUGGCUCACACCUGCUACAAAAAGACAAUAAUUAUUUAAAAACCUGGCAUUCGGGGGGUAUUUAGCAGCUGCCAGUGUAUUUAUAUAACAACAAUUUGAUUGAUUAUGGCGCUGCCCAGAAAACUGAUAUCGAAGAUCUACGAUAUAAAGGCACACGAUAGCAGAGUUACGAGCCUUGAUCUGGGCGAAACAGGCCGAGUGCUGGUCACCGGAGGCGAGGAUAGGAAUGUGAACCUUUGGGCAAUUGGUCAAAAUGAGUGUUUUAUGUCCCUGACGGGUCACAAUCGCUCGAUUGAUUGUGUCCGUUUUGCGUACAAGGAUAACUUUGUCUACUCCGCCGACGACAUCGGAAUAAUCCGGAGAUGGGAUCUGAACUCUCAAAAAAUUUACUCAACGCUAAAUGGCCACAUGAAGAGUGUUCGCACUCUGGACUUUAAUCCGUCCGGAGAGUAUGUGGUCUCCGGAAGCAAUGAUACGACCGUCAGACUUUGGGAUGUGCAGAACGAAAACAACUGCAUCAAGGUGUGUCGGGGUCACAUGUCUCAUGUGAACUCCGUAAAGUUCUCACCGGACGGCCUUUGGAUCGCCUCUGCUGGCUUGGAGGGAUCCAUUCUCAUCUGGGAUAUACGGAAGAGUAAGCAGAUAAUGGAGUUCAUAGCGGAUCCGCCGGUUACGGCCAUCACAUGCGUUCAAUUUCAUCCCUUCGAGUUCCUGCUGGCCGCCGGACGUAUCGAUGGCACGGUAUCCAUCUACGAUCUGGAGCAUCAGCAGCUCGUCUCGCAGACCACUCACUUCUAUGGCCAGGCCAUCAGGUGUAUAACCUUCAGUGACAACGGCGAAUGCCUCUUUGUGGGCAGCUCUUCUGGUAUUUCGGUCAUUGCCUGGGAGCCUGAUCGUGAGCUAGAUCACAUAAAGAGCACCUGGUCCUCUUUGGCGGACAUGAAAGUGGUUAACAAUAAGUUGAUCUGUGGCUGUCAUGAGAUCGACACCGUUUCCAUCAACACCAUCAGUUUGGACCGCGUGAUACCCUUCUACCAGCCGGCGAACUCUCUGCCCAACUUUAAGCACAACUCAACGACCCGAAAGAGCUUUACACGCGGCAACCAAAAGUUCCGGCUGUCGCUGGGUGGCUCUAAGCCGGCCCAGGUGCAGGAGGAGCAUGAGGGCAGCAAGAGUGGCCUGUCGUCGCCCAACUAUAGUCUGGAGGUGGUCAACGAGGCUGUGCUGGAGUCGGCGGAAACGUCUCCUAUGUCCUCGUUGCCACCGGUUCAUUUGGCCACCACGGCUGGAGGUUCGUCGGCCGAUCUGGCCUCGCAUCAUGUCGUCUACGGCGGUGCAAUCGAUCCCUCGCUGAGACAGGGAAAGUUCUCCAGGGUGCCCGAUAAUAUGGCCAGCUAUGCCAGUAGUUAUGCCAUCGAUACCCGCCUAAUGUCAAUGAACGAGCCUAGUUCGCUGCACAAGCCGGACAUCUAUAAUAUUUACUCGCUGGGAAAGGACGCGGAGCCGGAUGUGCAGCAGCUGGAGCUCAAUCUGAACGAUAGCAAUCCGCCCAUACUGAACAACUAUGACAACUACGAUAUGGCCGAGGAUUUUCCGGUCAAUCAGAACCUAAACUACAUUACCAGUAACUAUAAGCCAGUACCACCCGCCACCUCCACCAUCAAUGCCUCGUCCAAGUCGAUCAAAAAGACCACAACCACAAGCCUGCACAAGAGGGCAACAAGCAAUAUGGGCAGCUCGAAGCAGACCUCUACUGGCAUCUUUGGUAGCAGCAAGCUCAGCCAGGUCUCGUCGGUUAGCUCCAUGGAACUGCACAAGCUGGACGACAACAUGGUCCUAAAGAAGUCCUCAUCCUCGAAUGUCGUCAAUAAGAAUAAGCGCCCAAUGGGCUCCGCACAGGGACAGUUCAGCAAGGAGAACAGUCAGCAGAAAAAUAUUAAUGUGGAGAUCAUCACAAAGCCACCGAUGCGAUCUCGCACCACCUUGGACAUGCGUUCAAAUCAGCAGGCCAAAACUCAGGAAAAGCAAAUUCACCAGCCAAUGAACAAUCGCAUCAUGAUGGAUGAUCACGACUUUGAUAUGCUCUCGAGAUCGCAUGAGGCUGUGCUGCAGGAGCUAAGCAAUCGCCAGUCCAGCUUGGAUUUGCUGAGGCACGCCACGAGGUCGCACGAUGUCCUGGGCGCAUUAAGGCAAGCCAAGAGCUGUGGAAAAUCUAUUUUCAUAGAUUUACUUGGAGCCAUACUAGAGAAACCGUCCUCGUGGAACCUGGACUUCUGCAUGUUUGUGCUGCCAGAGAUUUACGAACUCUUGCAGAGCCAACACAAGUUCCACUUUACAAGAGCCUGUGAUACACUGCGUAUUAUUCUGUCGAACUUCUUGCCAACCAUACAGGAGAACCUCGAUUCCUGGGCUGCCAAUGGCCUGGGCGUGGAUGUGACCCGCGAGGAUCGUCAGCGGAAGUGCGCCGAGUGCCAGCGAUGGUUGCUGCAAAUCAAGAACCUGCCGGAAAGCACCCACUUUGGGUCCACGCUCUCGCAAUUGCAGAACAUAAUCAUUUUCUAAGCUGUAAAUUCUCCCCGGCGUUCAGAUCAGCUCUGGAACGGUACAAAGAUUGUCAACAAAAGAAAAAACCACCAGCUUCCCGAAACCUGAUUCAAUUGCAGUGUCGUGGGGAGUGGCCUCAUUUGUCGCUCUAAGCUGCCAAACUAAGGAAUUUUAAACAAUCGUUUGAGGAACAGCAGCUCGAAGGCGAGCUCUUCCAAACACACUGUUUAUCCAGCAUUAACAAACCCUGGGGCCUUUUUCCUUUUCAUCAGCAUGUUAUGAAAGAAUCAGCUUGGAAUCUUUGGAAUUCAAAGCUGCUAUCACUUUACCAUGAGGAUAUGAAAACGGGCCUUAGUUAUUUAAUGAUUCAUACUAUUAAUUUGUUAUGGAAACUAAUUUAUAAAACUAUUAUUUACAUAGAAUUAAGCCUUAUAAAUUUGAAAAUAUAUAAAAGAAAACCAA